GCCCGCCCGCUUCCCCACCCGGAAGAGCCAACUGAGCUGCGAAGUUGAGGCGGUGCACGGGCCCAGCCUCCUGUUUGGCGCUGUUUUCGCGCUGGCGCGAGGCAGGCCCGCCGGAGCCUGCGCGCCCCCGCCGCCGACGGUGCCUCGAGCGGCCUCGCGCACGCGCCUCGCCCCCACCGGCCUCUUCGCGUCCUUGGGGUGCGGUGCGACGCCGCCGCCAGGCCCGAGCUCUCUACGCCCCUCCGCUUCAGGAGAGGCGCAUCCCGAAUGAUUCUGACACUGCGUAUCCGCCAUUCCCUAGGUUCAAGAUGAAUAGCGAUCAAGUUACACUGGUUGGUCAAGUGUUUGAGUCAUAUGUUUCGGAAUACCAUAAGAACGAUAUUCUUCUAAUCCUGAAGGAAAGAGAUGAAGAUGCUCAUUACCCAGUUGUGAUUAAUGCCAUGACCCUUUUUGAGACCAACAUGGAAAUUGGGGAAUAUUUCAAUUUAUUCCCCAAUGAAGUACUGCCUAUUUUUGAUAGUGCGCUGCGAAGAUCAGCCUUGACAAUUCUCGAGUCCUUCUCUCAGCCUGAGGGUGUCUCCAUGAAGCAGAAUCUUCAUGCCAGGAUAUCAGGUUUGCCCGUUUGUCCUGAACUGGUGAGGGAGCACAUUCCUAAAACCAAGGAUGUGGGACACUUUUUAUCUGUCACUGGGACAGUGAUUCGAACAAGUUUAGUGAAGAUCCUGGAAUUCGAACGGGAUUACAUAUGUAACAAAUGCAAGCAUGUAUUUGUGGUGAAGGCCGACUUUGAGCAGUACUAUACGUUCUGCCGGCCGUCGUCAUGUCCCAGUUUGGAGAGCUGUGAUUCUUCAAAAUUCACUUGCCUCUCCGGCUUAUCUUCAUCUCCAACCAGAUGUAGAGAUUAUCAGGAAAUCAAAAUUCAGGAACAGGUUCAGAGGCUAUCCGUUGGAAGUAUUCCACGAUCUAUGAAGGUUAUCCUAGAAGAUGACUUAGUAGACAGUUGCAAAUCUGGUGAUGACCUCACUAUUCAUGGGAUUGUAAUGCAACGAUGGAAGCCCUUUCAGCAAGAUGUGCGCUGUGAAGUGGAGAUAGUCCUGAAAGCCAAUUAUGUCCAAGUAAAUAAUGAGCAGUCUGCAGGGAUCAUCAUGGAUGAAGAGGUUCGAAAGGAAUUUGAAGAUUUUUGGGACCAUUAUAAGAAUGAUCCCUUUGCAGGAAGGAAUGAAAUAUUGGCCAGCUUAUGCCCUCAAGUUUUUGGGAUGUAUCUAGUAAAGCUUGCUGUGGCCAUGGUGCUGGCUGGUGGGAUUCAAAGGACUGAUGCUACAGGAACACGAGUCAGAGGUGAAUCUCAUCUUUUAUUGGUUGGGGAUCCUGGCACAGGGAAAUCUCAAUUUCUCAAAUAUGCAGCGAAGAUUACACCAAGAUCUGUGCUUACCACAGGAAUUGGAUCUACAAGUGCAGGUCUUACAGUAACUGCUGUAAAAGACUCAGGAGAAUGGAAUUUGGAGGCUGGAGCAUUAGUGCUUGCAGAUGCGGGCCUUUGCUGUAUCGAUGAAUUUAAUAGCCUCAAAGAGCAUGAUAGAACCAGUAUCCACGAAGCAAUGGAACAACAAACCAUAAGUGUUGCUAAAGCUGGCCUCGUGUGCAAGCUGAACACAAGGACCACCAUCCUGGCAGCAACUAACCCCAAAGGCCAGUACGACCCCUAUGAAUCCGUGUCUGUGAACAUUGCCCUUGGCAGCCCACUCUUAAGUCGAUUUGACCUGAUCCUGGUUUUGCUUGAUACCAAGAAUGAAGACUGGGAUCGUAUAAUUUCCUCAUUUAUCUUAGAAAACAAAGGUUACCCAAGCAAAUCAGAGAAGCUCUGGAGCAUGGAAAAGAUGAAAACCUACUUCUGCCUCAUUAGGAAUCUGCAGCCCACACUGUCUGAUGUGGGUAAUCAGGUUCUUCUCCGGUACUACCAAAUGCAAAGGCAGAGUGAUUCCCGGAACGCUGCCCGGACAACCAUCCGCCUGUUGGAAAGCCUGAUACGAUUAGCAGAAGGUUUAUUUCAUUCAACACAUGAAUUUUUUUGUUGGGUACCCACUCAUGCUCGCUUGAUGUUUCGUGACACCGUGACUCUGGAAGAUGCUAUUACAGCGGUGUCAGUAAUGGAGUCCUCAAUGCAGGGAGGCGCACUGCUGGGAGGUGUGAAUGCACUGCACACUUCCUUUCCUGAAAACCCUCUGGAGCAGUACCAGAGGCAGUGUGAACUUAUUCUAGAAAAGCUGGAGCUGCACAACCUCUUGAGUGAAGAGCUAAGAAGACUUGAAAGGUUACAGAAUCAGAGUGUGUACCAAUCCCAACCACAGGCGGUGGAGGCAGAGACUACUCCCGGACCCUCGAGAAAUGAUCCCGGGGAAGAAUCCCAGUUCAGAACAUCAACACAGCAGGAAAUGAACUGUAGCAUGCGUAUCCCCUCUCCUGGAGGCAGUCCCAAGGGGAGCUCACUCCUCCAUCCCCCACCCCAUCUGGAGCCUAAUAGGUCAACAAGUAAACAUUCAGGAGAGCACAAAGAUAGCAGAGAUGACAGUUUGGAUUGGUUUGAUUCCAUGGCAACUCAUCAGGUUGAACCUAACAACACUGUUCCUGUGUCUCCUGGUCCUAAAACAACUGGGGGAAAAAUAGCUUUGAAAACCUCCAACAGCAGAUCUCAGGGCAAAGAAAAGAGUGAGCUAGGCCAAAAGAGCAAAUUGGAAACUGGACAGCUUCCAACACCAGGAGAAACAGAAGCUCCAUUAAGGCCAGACAGUGUUGAGGGUAAAAAGGAAAAAAAGGCAGCAGCAGUAACUGCUGAUGAACCAGAUUCAGUUCUGACUCAUCAUGUCCCCAGGAAACUGCACAGGCUGCGCAAGGAGAAGGCCCGGGAGAUAUGUGGAAAUCCCUCCAGGGCACCUUCCCAGCCCACAAGCCUUUCUCGUCCUCCAUCCAUCCCUGUACACAGCUCAGAAAGAACAUUGGACACUCUCAAAAGAAAGAGACAGCAGUCCCUUGCUCAGGCAGAAGAGCCUGAACUUGAAAGGACCGAGAGUCCAGAUCUCCCUGUGGCCAAACUGGCAAAAUUUACUUUCAAACAUAAGGCAAAACUGAUCCGCUCCCCUGAAGACCACAGCCAUAUGUCUCCUGACACAACUAAAAUAGCAGUUCAGAGUCCUAAAAUUUCCCAGCAUGGAACUAGAAAUGCAGCUCUUCCUGUGAAGAGUCCAGAAAAGUUGGCCUCUGCCUCAGGAAACGGAAGCUCAGAUCAGCUGCAGGGGAAGGCAAAGGAGGUGUCACAGCAGCCACCAAAGGAAGAUGGGUCAAGAGAGAAGAGGGAACAUGCCCCUGAAAAGGUAGUUAUUCAGCCUGAAUUUGAGUUUCAGAGUGAGACUAGGCGUUUACGUCUUCCUUGUGAAAGAGACAAAAAGGAAGAGCUUUCAUGCAAUAAUAAAAGCAGCAGGGUUCAUGCUUGCACAUUAGCCAAAUUGGCCAACUUCUCCUUCACUUCCUCUGACUCCAAAUCAGAAGCCCCUCUUCCUUCUGAAAGUAAGAACUGGGGUAAGAGAGGCCCAAGCCCUCCUCCCACGACCACAGCUACAAUGAUUGGCAGGGAAAGGAAAUCUUUUCAGUUGGCGGGGUCCACUGAACCAUUCAUUCUUUCCAAAAAAUCUCUCUUUACCUUACCUGAACUAGAAGACGAAGCAUUGGAUUUUGAUUGGGACGAAGAAAUGAAAAAAAAGCCAUAAUCAUGGAAAGUCAUGAUUUACCCUCCCUGACUCAACACAGCACCCUGGUCAAACUUUACCCUCCCUGACUCAACACAGCACCUUCAGGGUACCAACAUGGUGUUUACAUAUGUACAGAAUUGUGGGCCAUGUGGAGCCUUACUCUGAAUACCAGCUCCCUCAUCAGGUUUUAUAAUUUCAGUUUUAUCUUCAUGACUCGAAAGGUUAUUUAAUCAGUGUAGGUCAGUGAUAGCAGCAUUUGAAUCAGAUGAAUUGACAUUGUGCAUAAUUUUGCAGACGGAGUACUUGUAUUCCCAAAGAUGUUUCUGUUUUGUUUUUAAGGAGUGGGUCUUCCCGGUAACCCCUCUUUCAUUCACUCAGGAACAGUUGCUAGGAAGGAAGUGCUAUAAAGCUAACAAGUUUGAUGAACUCUUCUAUAUGUUCCUUUUUGUUUUCUUUUCCCCACAUGGUGUUCUGAGUGUGGCGAAUAUUUAUUAUGAUUUGACAAAAAUCAUGAUUUUUCUAGUAUUUUUGUGUUUAUUACAUGUCAGAUUAAAUGUGACUAAUGUUUUUCUUUCUUUGAGAAGCAUCCUCACAAUUCCAUGGUAUUCCUAAAGAUCUGGCAAUUGGUCAAAUAGUCUCUUUCUGAAGUAUUGACCUUUUGAGUUUUCCUUCCUUUCUUGAGCCAACAUUUUGUGCUUCAGAUUCUUUUGAUCUUUUGAGAACUUUUCUUCAACACAACUUAAGUCCUGUGGUUGGAAGGAGAGUGUGCAGUAGUCUCAAUGAUAUUUCAUGACAUCACCAUAGUGGUUAAUAUGGAAAUUUAAUUCCUGCUAAAUGUAAUUCCUUGGUUUGUCUUUAAAACCAAGCAAAUGACUGUUUGGUACAAAUAGAUAACUCAAGCUUUGUCUUAAGUCCUUUUAAAAUAUGUCUUCUUUUGGAUUCUAACAGGUGCUGUUAGGAAUCCAUAAUUACAAGAUUUCUCCUGUGAGGUAUGAAUUUAUAAAAAAUAAUAAUAGUAGAUUCAUUGCCUGAGUGACUUUUAGGCAUGAAAAAUACUCAAAACUAUAUGUACUUUGCUUAAUAAUCACUUCUUUAAAUUUAUACAGAAAAAAAAUUAGGAACCCCAAUUUUUCUUGAGCAUUUAAACAUUAAUUCCAAAAUCAACUAAUUAAAUUUUCUAGAAAAUUUAAACUAAGAGUACAAAUUUAGUAUAGAUGAGUCUUUUAAAAAUCUUUAAAGACCUUAAACAGCUCACAAAGGACAUACAUAGCGGUGAUUAUAAAAUUUAUUAUUGCACAUUCAUUUAAGCCUAUUCUUAAACAUCAAGACUGGUUUAGUAAUUUCUUCGUUAAUUCUGUACUUAAUAACUUCCCAGCGUAGUAUGAUUAUGUAAUAUGUCAUACUAUGUAUAUCAUAUGUUAAUGUAAUAUUGAAAAAUUAAACUUGUAUCACAGCCUACUUUGGUGUAACAACUA